ACGGGGCUUCCUUCCGGCUUCAGUGAUGAAUCAAGUCAAGAUCGUACCGUGCACUGUAGAAGCUUAGGUCCUAUACGGUGGUAACCAUCGACGUCAUAUACAUACAAUUGCACAGUCAUGGUCAACCCAGGUAAACGAAGUGCAGGAUGUUAUACAUGCCGGAAACGGCGGGUCAAGUGUGACGAACGCAAGCCCACGUGUGCUCGGUGUGAAAAGGCAAAUCGUCAGUGUGCGGGCUAUCCAGCAGGUACCGACCUAGUAUUUCGCAAUGAGAAUCAUAUAGCACAAAGAAAUGCUCUGCUUGAUCUAAAUAUCUCAAAGAAGAAGCGAGCGACCGAGCCUGAUCUGGCUGUCGAUUCGUCGUCAGGCGCAGGCCAGAUCGUCAUCUUUGAUCAACGACCUGAAUCGACUUCAGAGAUAUCUUACGUCUGGACACCACCAUACUCACGCACGCCUUUACCUCCAUCCUCCGUUCUCGAAAUGAAGGUGCUUCCUCCGAAUGGAGGCCACGUGAUGCUCUGCCACAUGUACAUGACGGAGAAGACGUCGCAAAAUCUCAGCUUGAGAUUGGCAAGGGAUUUGCAACUUCAAGCAGCUCCAACGUCGGCGUUGAAUCCACUUGCCGAAUCCAUUGCAUGGAUCAAUGCCCCAGUCGGAUACGACCAUAGACAUGUCAUUUUCAAUGCCACCAAACUGUAUAACAAGGCCAUAACCAGUCUUCGUCGUACUAUUGCGAGUCCUACUCCGGCACCAUUAAAUGAGACAAUGGUCAUAAUACUGUGGAUGACAAAGGCCGAGAUGGCGAUCAGCCCUCCUGAUGCCGUUGGUAGCGUCGUAUUGUCCCAUGUUAAAGGGGCUCUCAGCUUUCUUCGGGCCAGCACAAAGAUCAAUCCUCUACCCAGCCUGUAUGCACCGACCCUUAUAGAGCUGAUCAACAAUAUGGUUUCGUCAUGGAUCACAGCACCGACUCAUAUUGCCAUGGAACUAGGUAAGGAAUUUGAAUAUGUUCAACAGCUCACAGGGUGUUUCUCUCAGCUUCCUGAAGGUACUCUCGGCUUGGUACAACUUGGCAUGACUGCUGCGCAGAUCCAUACAGAGUUGAAGUUCUAUCGAAAUACUGCAUGGAGUGAGGUCACCCGUGCUGACUUGAAGUCCUUAUAUGCCAAAUGUGCCAAAGCACGUGCUAUCAUAUCUGAAUGGGCAUAUCUUUGGACUCCUGGAGGGUUUGCAUUGUCUGCUGAUGAGAAGGAUAGACUGUUUGGUGCCAUCACCGUGUGGAAUACUCACAAGGAGAAUAUCAGUCUAUGGGAACGCAAAGACUGGGGACAAAUAUGCACCUAUCGACUAUUGACCUACAUCUGCACCCGUCAAUGUGCAAAGAAGUAUCUGGAGCUGGCUGAUUCAGAACGAGACAGCACACGCGAUCCUUUCGGCGAAAAUCUGAUAAGUGCCGAAAACGCAAUGAAAGAAGCAACUGAUAGGAUGAUAUGGGAAAUAAGAGAAUACAUGCGAACAUACCUUACCGGUGACAUCGGCAUCAAAUCACCAAGCGAGAUGGAGUCCAAAUCAACCCCACGUAUCGGAUCUUACAUGAUGAUACUGCCACUGCGAAUUGCGAACUCCUUAAAAGACCUCUCUGAACAAGCCAGAGGAGACCUUAGAGAUGCCAUACAUAUGAUAGUGCAGUAUACGGGUCUACCGCCAGAGUUCUGGAUACCUCGGCUAAAAGGAAACAUAUUUGACUAGGAACGCUAGCGGGGAUACAUGAACCCAGUGCCAUUCACAGAUCCGAUGGUUCACUGUUUGCAAUCCCGCGUCUUGCGUGCAAUGUGUCAUGAACACGAUAAUGCCGUACCUUGCCACACAGUAAGCCGACGA